GAUCGGGUCAGCCAACCCAGCAGCAGCAGAGGAGUUGGGGAGAUAGAGGUCAGGGAGAGAAGGUGACGACAGAAAGGAAAAUGAAGAUAACAGAGACACGUAGAGAGACCAUCACGUCCAAGGGCAUUCAAGAUUUAUCCUCGGCCAUCAACAGCUUGGAUGACCAUUUCCAGGCAGGUCUUCAGGAGGUGCGCAACAGCCUGGCCAGCAUUCACCAGGAGAGAACCACACUGACAGAACGCUUGCGCAGCGUCUCGGAAAAGCUGGUUGAAGUCUCAGGAGAGAAAAAUGAAUGCCAAAAUGUGAUUUCAGAUCUCCAACAGGAAGUAUCAAGCGUCAAGGACCAGCUGACCAAUGAACAGAGGACUAAUGCUGCACUGAGGAAAAGAAUUCAUGAAAUGGAAAAUGAGAAUGAGGUAUAGUAAGUCUUACAGGUUGUUUUUCUCAGGUGCAUUGAUUUCCCUUACCCAGAUUUUUUUUUACUUUGAAGAGUUUUAAGUGUCUGAGUGUGUAGUUUAAUGAACAAGAAAUUUCUUUUUUGAUUCACUGUCUCAGUAAACUCUCCAUAUCAAAAGAUAAAAGGUCCUUCUAUUACAAAUAUCCUUCAUAUUUCAGUUUAAAGAGCAAUUUCUUUCCCAAGGUAAUAGGGUUUAUUUCUGUUAUAGUGUAUAAUGUUUUCUUUGCAAUAAUCUUUUAUUUUC